CAGUGCGACACACAAACACGCACAGAGCCCCCACACCAUCGUGAUUCAUUAUUCAUUAUUUAUUAUUUACUUAACAUUCCCAACGACACACACCCCCAUACAAGAUUUUCGCCUUCUCGCUUCCUUCUCCUUCGCCACUGUCCAUCUCUCUCUCUCUCUCUCUCUCUCGCGACGCCCUUCAGUGUCUGCGAGAUGUGCGACGAAGACUGGAUCAACGUGGCCAUGUCCGAUGACUCCGUCGUCGUCGAGAUUCUCCUCCGUCUCCACCAAGAUACUCCACCGCCUCCUCCUCCUCCUCCUUCUCUGACCAAAAAACAGCCUCCCUGUCUUCGCGUCGACUGGACUGUGCGUCAGCGUCGUUCCAGGUCGGUUCCCAGACACCGUGGCUCCGAAGGGAAGGAUGAACCGACGAGAGCUAGCCCUACCACGCCGCUCUCCUGGAGCUGUGCCACGUCUGCUAGCUUUGGCGGCGGCGGCGGCGCCGUUGAUGGCUGCGAAGAGUCCAGCUGUCCGAUCAAACGGGUGGAAAGCUCGAGAUCUGAGAAGGUUAAGAAUCCAAGUGAAGCAACCAGUACAAAAAGAUCUCGAAGAAAAAAGACUUUAGUUGAACUAAAGGAGGAAGAGAAUUUCCUGUUAAGGGAAAGGAAAAAUUUGAAAAAUGAACUGGCCUCCUUGCGUCUCACUGUCGAGAAACAUAGGGCCGCAAAUAAAAGCUUAAAGAGAAUGAAGCUUGAUUUGGAGUCUGGAAAGGCCUUUAAAACAGACUCAGCGUCCGUGGCCACUGAGGAGGAACAGUCUCAUUCAUGUAAUGCAACCUCAUCGACAAGCCUCACGAACAAAGUUCUUAGUGAUGCGCCACCACAUAUCUGUCCAACCAAUCCAAUCAAAGCACAAGAGACUAUUGAGCAAGAAGUCUCAUUCUUACUUCCUGAUCUAAAUCUGCCUGUGGAGGAGGAUUUAAACUCCAAUGCUUUGACAUGAAAUAAACUGGGAAAAAAGGACUUGUCCUUCCUGAUUGAUAUUGCUCACAAGUUGGACCAGGAUUACUCUGUUCCUAGUAUAUAUGCUUGAAUGAGAUGCAACACGACAGUUAUGAGUGAGCCCUAACCAAGUAGGCUGUGGUAAGGUAGCCGUAGGUCCUGAAUCGAUCAACGUCAAAACCAUGAUGGGAAAUAUUGUAUUUUGAGGUCAUGAAGGUAGCGAUGGUAGUGUAGAGAUUCUGACACGUCAUCAUGUGGGACGUAGUCUACAUUCAUUCUUUCAUAGGUUUCUUCAACGUUGUCCGAAAAAUUCUUUUGGGGCAAGCCUUGAUCCUUCUUCUCCAUCGUCUUGAUAGAAAUGAUCACUGAUAAGUGUAAUUACAUGUUGCGCAGAUAUGAUAAUUCAAGCAUUUCGGUUCUUUCACUGAGGCCCUGUAUAUAAUGUGAUUGGUAGUUGUGCUGCUUAUUUUGGUAAGCAUUGUUGAAUGGUA